AUGCUUCUUUGUUCAGGCGGUAUUGGAUUACAUCUGUUACCGAUCCUCGUGUGUGUUCUCACCUUUGUUGCAGUCACGACUUGUUAUUUCCUCUCUCUUACACAAGACCACAUAUCACCGUAUUUUCCGUACAUCAGUGAUGCCGGUUCAAAGAUCCCAGAAAGUUGUAUUUUCGGUCAAUUAUUAAAUAUUGUUUCAGUUUUGGCAGGUUUAUGCUUCUACUCAUGGCAUAAACAUUUGUUAGAUUGUAGUCAGAAAUUUAAACAACAAUGUUAUCGUCAAAUAAGAUUGGCUAGAGUUGCCUUAUGUUUUGGUCUUAUAUGUGCAGUUGGUAUGAGUAUAGUAGCCAAUUUUCAAGAAACAGCUAUUUGGUCUAUGCAUCUCCUCGGUGCAGGUCUACUUUUUGGUGGUGGUUCGGCCUAUGCACUUGCUGUUACAUAUAUUACAUAUAAAUAUCUUGGACAUAGUCGAAUUCGGAUUACUCGUUUGGUAUUGACAUUCAUUUCUGUUUCUUCAUUUUUAUUACAACCAACAACUGGAUUAGUCGCACGUUUCAUGUAUGAUGGUGAUAAUAUUAGAAAAUGGAAACCAACUGAUCAAGGUUAUUCGUUUCAUGUAGUAAGUAGUAUGUCGGAAUGGAUUACAGCUUUAUCAUUUAUAUGCUUUAUUUUUACACUGGUAUGGGAAUUGAAAGAUUACAAAGUACAUGAAAUAAAGAUUGUUCGUCGAUGGAGUAUACUUAGUGAUGAUAAUUAUGGUAAUAAUAAUGAUGAAAAUAUGCUUUCCUAG